AUGUCGACUAGAUCAUCAACUCGUUUGCAUCACUUAUUCACUGCGAUACUCGCAAGUUCUUCAGUUCAGGCCACCCCCGCUCAAUAUUGCCGAUUUGGCCAUGGAGCAGGUGAAGUGGACUUUUGCCUCGGCGUUUCGACGCACCGCAACUCUUCCACAAAUUACCACGACGUUUAUCUCAGCCUAUCCGUUACGCGCGAUUCCGACACUGGCUGGACGGCAGUUGGGGCGGGCUCCUUGAUGGUCGGCGCGCUCAUGUUCAUCGUGUACGGAGAUCCAGACGGGGAGGCAUCGCCGGUGCUGAGCGUUCGGACUGUCCAAGGCCAUCAGCAGCCUCGUCUGGUCAGCAAAGCGGGCAUGGGCGGAGCAGACCUGCGUGUAUUGCAGGCGCGCUGGAUGCAGACGACGCCAUCUGCACAAUACGAACAGUAUGCCCUGUCAGCCAGCUACCGUCCACAGUCCGCACGCUUCUCGAUUGUGUGCUACUCCUGUGAGCGCUGGCCGGGCACACCCUUCACCCCCGAUGCAGCCUCCCAGCCAUGGAUCUGGGCGUGGAACAGCCAGCAGCAGUUCGAGGUGUAUAGUUUCGACGCUGACUUGGAUAUGCAUGCGCACGGCGCCGGACAGGGCGGCUGGGGUUGCUUUUACAUGAACAUGGCGCAAGCCCUCACUCAACAUGGGGACUAUCUACCUUCAUUCCCGCCGUUGCGACCCGCGGUAUUGCAUGUAGGCGCCUCUGACACCCCGAUAGGAUUCAAAGGCGUCACGGCCGCAGUCGACAGAUUCUGGCGCAAGAUCCUGACCACAUCACCACAUCAACGUGCUCAUGGGGUUCUGAUGGCAAGCAGCAUCUUGGCUCUCUUCCCUGCCGGCAUCUUGGCGCUGAGGAGCGGUUCGCCACACGCAUUCAUGUACCACUGGCUGUUGCAGAGCCUGGCAACAAUGUGUAUGCUGUUCGGGGUAGGCCUGGGUGUCUUGCUGGUCCGCACGCAUGGCCACAAUGCUGCUGACCAUCAUAUAAUCAAAUCGAAGCUUGCAAGCAGUCUCUUUGGGAACUACGGCCAUAGCAAGCGGCACGACGAGAGCUCGGCGGCUGCUGCUGCCAUGUUUGCCGCACAUCAGUGGCUAGGUGGAAUUUUUGUGAGCUUUGUCAUGUUGCAAAUCCUCUUGGGCUGGUGGCAUCACGUCAUCUUUGUGCGUAUUCGAGCAAGGACUUGGGUAUCCCACGUUCACAUUUGGCUUGGGAGGACCAGUAUGCUUGAAGGUUCCAUGAAUCUGCUGCUCGGUAUGGCUCUGGCAAGCUACAGCAUGGCUAGUAUCAGCGUCGCAGCAGUGUUUAUUGUUUUGGAGACACUGGCAAUUGCGUUCUGGAUAAGGCGUAAGCGCGCCAUGCUUCAUAGCGCGGCAGGCGACUACGGAGACUAA